GGUUUUUAUUUAACGGUUUUCCAUUUGAAUUGUUACAUAGAUAAAUCGAAUCAAAAUUAUUUUGUUUAAAUUAAUGUUUAUUUUGUUAUUUAUUCAUGGAAUAAUUUUUAUUGAAAUAAUGCAAAAUUUAGAAUUGUUGUAGCCGAUUCUAUAGCACAAUCAUAUAUCCUGUUAUUUUAUAACCUCUGCUAAACAUUAGCAAUUGCCAAAGCAUAUAGUAUUAUUAUUUAAAUUAUUAUAAAUGUAUACUUAUGGGGAAUAUCAAUUUUCUUAGCUAUAAUAAUUAAAGAUAAUAAUAUUUAUUAAUAUGUCUUUCCAACUUCAAUUAACAUCUUUGCUAGGUAAUCAUACAAAGAAUUUAUCAGAGUUAAAACAAAUUGUAAUCAGGCCAUUGUUGCAAAUUGCAGUGAAAGCUAUAGAACAGGAGUACAUAGAAGAAGGGGCCUUAGAAGUUAUUAGUAAAAAUUUUAAUGUGUCGCAAGCACACGUCGAUGAGUGGUAUGCUGCUAUUCUUAUUAUUAUGAAAUUGCAUUUGCGAUAUUCUAGCGCAGCGAUCAAACCUACAGAAUUUAAACAAUGUUUACAAGAAUUAAAAUUCUCUCCAGAAUGUAUACAAGAUAUAUUUUCAGUUCUCACAGGACCAAAGAGAUUAGAUUUGAUAACAAGUUUUACAAACAAAGUUGAUUUCUUUCCACACUUAAUUGCUUGCAAAUGGAGAGUGGACAUUAUAAUUUCUUCCAAUUUAAUGUCAAAAAUUUUGGAGCCUCAUGUAUUGUUAGAAUGGAUUUUAAGCAAUGGUGAAAGUUAUACUUUUGAAUUGUCUUUACCACGUUUUCAUCAAAUGCGACACGCCGUUGCAAAACUGUUAUUAGAGAUACAAAGACUCGAAGUUUAUAAUGUGAUAAAAAAUAAUGCGUAAAGUUUUAUAUAAGUUAUAAGAAGAUAUAUAAUUAUAAGCA